AUGCUUUCCAAGGGUCCUUGGGGCUCUCCAUAUAGGUUUGAGGGCCCCUCACACCAUGUAUCCGUAGCAUAUCAAUUUUGGCGUUCUACAAACUUGAGAUGCCUAUGGAGGUCACCCUUGAUGUGCGCUUUCACACAGCAUUUGAUCUCAACUCAACGUCAGCACUCUGAGUUAUUUCUUCCUUCUCACUCCGAAAGGAACUCAAACAUCUUCAAAAAUAUUUUAUCGCCCUACAGGGAAUGUGUAAGCACCCUUUUGGAUACGGAUCUUGUCCCGCAUGCGGAAAACAUAGCGCCUGGUUUGUUUUACUGCCCUAUGUCAGAGGACAUGUGGUAUUACGAAUUCCCCACGUCCCAGACGACAUUCUCCUCCGCCCCCUCGCAUGAUCUUCCACAACGCAAGGAAGACGAGGCUCUUCCUAUUUUGCCGACUUUGAAGCUGAAGCAAUCCCAAGCUGGAAUUAAAGAAACCAAUGGUAUUAUAGACUCGCAAAAAGCUCGAAUGAAUAACGAAGUUCAGCCGCUUGGUAAUUGUGUGGAUAGGUUUUACGUCUCGCCUCUGUGUGAGGCGAUGGGUUGUCUAUGGCAGUGGCGGGCAGUAUGGUGCGCGCGGACUCCUAAUCCGGAACCCCCCAUUGUGCCCCCCUCCAUGCACAGAAAGAAAUCUAAAAACAGGGGUUGUGAAAAUUUGAAUUCCACAACUGACAAGAUCAUCAAUUCUCCUCCGGUCAAGAAAAUAAAUAAGGGGUAUUCUAAUGACCUGAACAGGGAAGGUGAAAGCGAAAAUAGCGGGAUACACAACCAUGGGGGCACGCGAAGGGAUUCAGGGGGGUACUGUAUGCUGCCUUUCCUUAUUUUACCAUCAAGUGGGGUGUUGGGUUCGGGCUAUCCUCUACAUCUUAACCCCGCCGUGGUAUCGCACUUACUUUAUAAUACGUCCAGCUGGGUCUUUCAAACAAGAUCUCACAAGGAACUCGCACAAGAGAAUGUGCCUGACAAAAUUACUACAAGUAAGCCAAUUUAUAUCACAAUUCCCUCUCUGGUUGGAAACAUUAUUAUCAAGCUUGACGAUCCCACGCCGUGGUGCGGGGCCAAUAAGCCACAACUAAGACCCUACCACCACGCUACUUCCUUCUGGAAUGAUAAGAACUCAGGUAAGACAAUCUUCCAAGUCUUUUCCCCAGAACGGCAGCGCACUGUGGAUAAUAUCUUCAACCUCUUGACCCCUGCAGAUUCGUGGAGGGGCCGAUCCGAUGCGUCUUCUCUUCAGGAAGUAUCUCACGACCCUUCAUGUAUACAAACUCUAUCUACAGAUAACAACACACCAUCGGAUUCAUCACAGAUUUUAUCGCAGCUGUGUAGCAGCGAUUAUACUAUUCCGCAUUCAGAAACGACAUCAUUUGUCUCAAACGAUACUAUGGAACUAUCGAAACUUUUUAAAAGAGAUUCUAAGCUUACUUCCUCAACCUCAGAGGUUAAACUACCUCUGGCAUAUCGAAAUCUUAUCAACGGUGGUCUUGCCGAACUCAUCCUAGCGGUAGACUGCUAUGCUGCUCUAAUUGCUCGAAAGGAGCUGACGGUGGCGUCGGCCUGUUGGGCUAUCCUGUGCGAUACAAAGCAUAGCAAUAUCCUGUUAAGUUUACGGAAUCAUGCUCCUGAUAUCGAGCGGGAGGUCCUUGCGGCGGUAGAGGCGCAAGAACAUCUUAUGCAAAUUUCAAAUAGGUGGAAUCAAACCUGUGUGGGCAAAAGCUCUUGCGCAGCGACCACGCUGAUGGAUUACCCCGCUAUCGCACACUGGAGCCUCUGA